AUGAAGCAUCGGCAAUGCACAUAUAAUGGCAGAUUUGAAGAUACCUCUUUAUUACAAGAAUCAUCAGUGUCAAUCAUAGGAUAUUGCAGAGAACAUAGUAUGAGAGAUAAGUUAAAAAUUGUUGUUGUUGGUUAUGAAGGAGGAACAUUAGAUGUUACUUGUUGUACUUUCCAAGAAGAAGAAAAAAAGAUUAUGAAGCAGGAAAUGCUAGAAUACUUUAAAAGAGUCUCUCAAGUGAAACAAUUCAUUGAUCUUAAUCUUGGUAGAAACAAUUUUGAUGAUUCUCUUAUUAAAUUUAUUCUUAAUGGAAUAAAACAGAUAAUUAUCUUGAAAUAUAUGUUGUCAAUUAUUCAACUUGAUUCACCUUUUGAAGAAAUUAAAUGA